CGGGGGUCUCAGGCGUUCAAUGGGUGUCUAUAUACGGGCCCUGCGUCGCAAUUUUUCCUGUUCUUCCGUUACAAUUCUCUUAUUGCAUUUUUUUUCUUCUUUCCUGCUCUUAUAUACCCUGCGAUCCUGCAAUUAAUGCAAGUGCAAGACCCUUUCGCGCAUAGAUUCUGCUCGGAAGUACACUCCGCAAUAUUUCACUCUGAACACUGUUUUUCCUGCCAUUGAGUGUGCAAGAACCUGGUAAACAGUCUCCAAUUGAUCCAACAAACCUCUGAAUUUGUCGACGUUGAAAACUUUCACAAUGGUCAAGAUUACUGGCUUCACCACACGGGAUGUGCGGUUUCCCACCUCCCUCGACAAGACUGGCUCUGAUGCCAUGAACGCGGCUGGUGAUUAUUCUUCCGCCUACUGCAUCAUCUACACAGACUCUGACUAUAAGGGCCAUGGCAUGACCUUCACUAUCGGUCGUGGCAAUGAAAUCGUCUGCGCUGCCAUUUCCCUCCUGGCCCCGCUCAUCGUUGGCAAGGACCUCGACGAGCUCACCGCUGACUGGGGCAAGACCUGGCGCUACCUGGUCUCCGACAGCCAGCUGCGCUGGAUCGGCCCCGAGAAGGGUGUCAUCCACUUGGCUCUGGGAGCUGUUGUCAACGCUCUCUGGGACCUGUGGGCCAAGACUUUGGGUAAGCCUGUCUGGCGCAUCGUCGCGGACAUGACCCCCGAGGAGUUUGUCCGCUGCAUUGACUUCCGCUACAUCACCGAUGCUAUUACCCCGGAGGAGGCACUGUCCAUGCUCAAGGAGAUUGAGGCUGGUAAGCAGGAUCGUAUCAAGGAGGCCGAGGCUAGCCAGGCUGUGCCUGCGUAUACCACCAGUGCUGGCUGGUUGGGCUACAGUGAGGAGAAGCUGAAGAAGCUCCUCGAUGAGAGUGUUGCGCAGGGAUAUAAGCACUUCAAGUUGAAGGUUGGUGCAAGCCUUGAGGAUGAUAAGAGGCGUCUGAAGAUUGCCCGUGAGGCUAUUGGUUAUGAUAAGGGCAACAUCUUGAUGGUGGAUGCCAACCAGGUCUGGUCUGUCCCAGAGGCCAUCACCUGGAUGCAAGAACUCGCCGAGUUCAAGCCCUGGUUCAUCGAAGAGCCCACCUCCCCUGAUGAUAUCCUCGGCCACGCCGCCAUUCGCAAGGCCCUCGCCAACACACCCCACGGCACCGUCGGCGUUGCCACCGGCGAGAUGUGCCAAAACCGCGUUAUCUUCAAGCAACUUCUGCAGGCCGGUGCCUUGACCGUCCUCCAGCCCGACGCCUGCCGUGUUGGCGGUGUCAACGAAGUCCUCGCCAUUCUCCUCCUGGCUCGCAAGUUCAACGUCCCCAUUGUCCCCCACUCCGGCGGUGUCGGUCUCCCCGAGUACACGCAGCACCUCAGCACGAUCGAUUACGUCGUUGUCUCGGGUAAGAAGAGUGUGUUGGAGUAUGUGGAUCACUUGCACGAGCACUUCGUGCACCCGUCCAGCGUUAAGGAUGGUUACUAUGUUACCCCUAUGGAGCCGGGUUAUAGCGUGGAGAUGAAGGCUGAGAGUAUGGAUGAGUUCUCGUUCCCUGGUGAAGAGGGUAAGAGUUGGUGGCGCUCGGAGGAGGCCAAGGUUAUCUUGGAGGGUCCCCGUAUCGUUUAGAGAAGAGGGGUAAGCAUUAUGUCUUUACGCGUAUUCAUGUCCAUAGCUUUUUAUAAAAUUUGAUUUCUUUAACAUUCAAC